AUGGGGGCCAGGAUUGACAUUGGACUGCACACAAGGCAGAGCAAGAGGGACAGUGGUCCCUCCUCAGUCUAUUGUCGCAAUGAGAUGGGCAGCAGUGAACCCCUUCCCAUUGCAGAAAGUGACAAGAGGAAGAAGAAGAAGCGGAAAGCCCGGGCUACUGACUCCUUGCUGGGAAAAUUUGAAGAUGUGUACAAGCUGACCUCUGAAUUGCUUGGAGAGGGAGCCUAUGCCAAAGUUCAAGGAGCCGUGAGCCUGCAGAAUGGCCAAGAGUAUGCUGUCAAAAUCAUUGAAAAACAAGCAGGGCACAGUCGGAGUAGGGUAUUUCGAGAGGUGGAGACGCUGUAUCAGUGUCAAGGAAACAAGAACAUUUUGGAGCUGAUUGAAUUCUUUGAAGAUGACACAAGGUUUUACUUGGUCUUUGAGAAAUUGCAAGGAGGUUCCAUCCUGGCCCACAUCCAGAAGCGGAAGCACUUCAAUGAGCGAGAGGCCAGCCGCGUAGUACAGGAUGUGGCUGCUGCCCUUGACUUCCUGCACACCAAAGGCAUUGCUCACCGAGAUCUGAAGCCAGAAAAUAUAUUGUGUGAAUCUUCAGAAAAGGUGUCUCCAGUGAAAAUCUGUGACUUUGACUUGGGCAGUGGGGUGAAAUUGAAUAACUCCUGCACCCCCAUAACUACACCAGAGCUGACCACUCCGUGUGGCUCUGCAGAGUACAUGGCCCCGGAGGUGGUGGAGGUCUUCACGGACGAGGCCACGUUUUACGACAAGCGCUGUGACCUGUGGAGCCUGGGCGUGGUCCUCUACAUCAUGCUAAGUGGCUACCCCCCCUUUGUAGGUCACUGUGGGGCCGACUGUGGCUGGGACCGGGGAGAGGUCUGCAGGGUGUGCCAGAACAAGCUGUUUGAGAGCAUCCAGGAAGGCAAAUAUGAGUUUCCUGACAAGGACUGGGCACACAUCUCCAGUGAGGCCAAGGACCUCAUCUCCAAGCUCCUGGUUCGAGAUGCAAAGCAGAGACUGAGCGCCGCCCAAGUUCUGCAGCACCCAUGGGUGCAGGGGCAAGCUCCAGAAAGGGGACUCCCCACGCCGCAAGUCCUCCAGAGAAAUAGCAGCACAAUGGACCUGACGCUCUUUGCGGCCGAGGCCAUCGCCCUUAACCGCCAGCUGUCUCAGCAUGAGGAGAAUGAACUGGCAGAGGAGUCCAAGGCCCUGGCCGAAGGCAUCUGCUCCGUGAGGCUUUCUCCACCCUCCAAGUCACGCCUGGCCCGGCGGAGAGCCCUGACCCAGGCAGGCCGAAGUACGGACCAGGGGCCAUGCCCCACCCCCACAUCUCUCAACUGA